UUCUAGUUCAUGUACCGACGAUGUAUUGUCCAGCAAAACAUCAAUGUAAACAUCGAUAUUUUUGGACGAAGCAUUGAUGUUUUGAAAAUUUGCUGCGUCGUCUGCAUUCCUAAUUGGGGGUGGCAAAUUAAAUACGUAUUUUGUUUUCUGUUGAAAAUUUGCUGCAUUUGCAAGAGUUAUGAGUAUUUUGUGCCGCCCAAAGUUACAAUGGAUAGGAAUAUAAAGAAAUUUGUAUAUAAAUAUCAAAAUCAUGAAGGCAAGGCCUGUGAAGAAAGCAUUGAUAUUGGGUUUCCUUUCGAAUCUGAUGAGGAAUGCCUUGAUGAGUUAGUUACUAGAUUACUAAAUAGCAUGGAUCCUAUGCAGCGGUAUUUGGAUCGGAAUAUAUCACUUAAAUCGGAUUUACGUGAGUUCAUACAAGAAGAAAACCAAAACUUUCUGGAUCAAUUUGCGGAGGGACUACUGGAACAGGUUCGCAAUGAUGAACUCGAUCUAGAAGCUGUCAUUCGAAAAACUGAGCGCAGCUAUAAAGAGGAGAUAAUACAAUUUGCCGAUCGCAUUGGGCCCAGUGAUGAGGACAUAUUUGCGCAGAGUUUCCAUCGAUUGGUACAUUCAUCUUCAUUAGAGGAUAUAUUAAAACGCGAAAGAACAUACGCAAAAGUUAUUUCAGAUAUAAAUAAGCAAAUGGAUAGGGAAGUAGAGACUUUAAAUUCUAGGCAGCAACAAGAAAUGGACUCGAAAAUUAAGCAAUUGGAUAUCACAACUACUUCGGAAGAUAUCAAUAACCUCUUAGCACAACAAUAUAGUACUCAAAAUUAUAUACGACAACGUUCCGAAUCGGAGUUGCAGGCCAAGCGUGGACAUCAACGCAACGAAUACCGUGAUUGGAUUACCAGUCAAGUAGGUAAAAUAUUUGAAACCUCUCCGAUUGCUACACCCCUCGGAAAUCGUUCAUCUAUGUUUAUAUCACAACAACCAUCGAUGGAGGAAAGUUUUACAAUACACUUGGGUUCACAGCUUAAACAUAUGCACAAUAUACGAAUACUCAGUGCGGAUGUCACGGAUCUUUGCAGUCCACUGCACGUGGAUGAGAGUUUAAAUGGAUUAAAUAUGGCAUUGGGUCUAUAUUCAAGUUCUCUGUGUGGUGUAGUCGUUCUUACUCCGUCUAUUCAAGCUCGACCUAAUAAAAAUAUAAUAAAAAAUGCCAACAUGUCAACCGAAUUUCACUUCGACCAGAUAGAUGAUCAACUAGAGAAGAUAGAAAAACACAUACAUACACUUAACGUUACCGAUUCCAAAACGCCCAGCAUGCACAGCAGUAGUAGUGCAGGCAAUGGAAGUGAUAAUUUAUCACCUAAUAACGGUGGUGGCAACAGUGGUGCUGGUAGCGCUGGCAGCUCCCCUACUAAAAUUGCCUCUACCAAACUAAAGACUGGCGACUUUUUUAUUACUAAACACUCGAAUCUUUCACAAUCUCAUGUUAUUUUUCAUUUAAUUUCGGAUGAGCCCAUUAAUAGUCCAAGUGAGAUAAACUCUCGCCAUCCGGUAAUACUAGGAUUGCGUAACAUUUUAAAGACAGCCAGCCGACAUGAUGUUACUACACUUACAAUACCAGCAUUGCUACGCCAUGAAAUGUCUGAGGACAUGACGGUGCAAUGGUGUAUGCGACGUGCAGAGUUGGUAUUUAAGUGUGCUAAGGGAUUUAUGAUUGAGUCGGCGUCGUGGGGUGGUGCGGAAUUAAGUAAAUAUUGGCACCUUUUUAUAGCACUCUACAGUUACUCCUACCACAUGAUAUCUCUGAAGAACUAUUUAAUACAUUGGCAGGUAUGGUACCGAAUGUAUUCCGUGUAGCCAAUCCGAAAAUUCUUGUUGAUAGUAAUAAGUGAAAGAGGACAGCAAGAAAAUGUGAUGAUUUUUUCUUAAUAAGUAUACUAUCACUUAAAAUAAGGCUCAAAGUAAUAAAUAUGAUGCAAAGUAAGUCGCGUAUGGCAUAGUAAGACAUAUCUAUUCGCAACUAAAUAUUCCAUGUAUUCGUAAUAUGUAUGUAUUAUGUAUGUAUUAUAUCGCACGUUUAAUAAUAUAGAGAUGUAACUCAAAAUUUACAUUUUUGGAGACAUCAUUAGUUAUGUUUUGUUAGAUUAUCCAGCUCAGUAUCACUAUUAAAAAAUCGCCACGGAUAGAUCAACGCGAAA